CUACUAAAAAUACAUAUGUAUAAAAUUAUAAAAGCUUGAGCUUCUCUGGCAUCCUAUGAUUCAUAUGGUAUUUCAAGUGCACUUAAUCAAAUUUCUGCAACGAAUGUUUUGUGUUUAUUAUUGAUCCGAUAUCCAUCUUUAUCGAUUUGGCAUGAUCAUCAUUCUGCAGUGUUCGACCUUUCAUUUCAAAUAAGUCAAACAAGAUACUUAUUUUUUUAAACAGAGAUAGAUAUUGUUGCUACACAACGUCCUAUUAGAUAAAAAGUAACUUUUAAAAAGAUAGCUAUAUACAGAACUAAACGUCGAGUGGCAUGAUUAAUGAUAACCAUUUUUCUCUAUCCGGUCAUAACUGAUAAGAUAACGCUGAUAAGAGUGCAGCGAGCUAUUGUUUUUUUUUUUGCGUUUUUAGUACGGAUAAAUGCAGGGAAUUCCUACUCUAUUUCAGAAAGAAAACGAGUGAUUUGAGCUUGUUUUAGAAAGUGAUUGUUCCUUUACACGUUUCGCAGUUAUUGACGUUUAGGGGAUUUCCAUAACACGGAAUCUUCUGGACCACUUUUAUACUUUCUUACCAGCACCUCCAAAUUCUAUACUCGCUGUGAUAAAGUCGGUGGCGAUAGCCACAAACCAAGGAACCUCAUUGGGGAAGCGAAAUACGUUUUGAAAUUGGAACAAAGGUUCUAACAAUUAAACAGACUCGAUUUUUGCGGCAAACAUUGCUAAUAUGGAUGCUACCGGCAGUGUAAACAUCAGCACCAUGAGUGAAAUCGUCGCAAAUUUUUUCAAAAACAAUACAAAGAACAAUCCUGUUCCUACAAACGAAGCUAACAAGUCGAAUCAGAAUACUGAUACGUCAACGUUGAGGACUGAAGCAAAGACUUUACCUAAGAGUAAAAUUGAUAUUACCGAUAUCGUUAAAAAAAGGCCAGAACCAAUCAAAUGUUUUCCGCAACAAAUCGAAACACAAGACAAAAUCGACAGAGCGGCGUCUAUAAGCAAUGAUAACAAUACAUCGGCCAUCAUAGAAAUCAAAGCUGAUUUACCAUAUCGAGAAGGUCAAUGGGCUCCUCACAAUUUAGACGGGAAGAAAGUAUAUGACAAGGAAUUUUUAUUAUCUUUAAGGAACGGUCCCGCUAGCCGAAAAAAGCCUGACAACUUGCCUGAUGUUAUUGUAGCCGACGAUCGAGGAAGACUUAGUGAUGGGAGGUAUUCCAUGGGAGGUAGAACCGAUUUUACAACCCCACCUUUUCCAAAUUACGGGGGUAAAUCUAGUUCGCAAAGAGGCCCACCUCCAAAACGUAAUCCUCAAUCUAGUAAAGUCGGUGAUGGCGGCUGUAAAGGGAGCAAACCUCAAGUUGUCAAAGCGUCGAUUUCUGUCAGGGAAGAUGUCAAACUGCAUGAAGUGAAAAACAUCUGGAGACCUGCACGGUUUAGGAAGGAUGAUAAUAUGUCUGACGAUGAAAGAAGAGCUGAAGAAUUAUAUAAAAAAAUCAGAAGAGUGCUCAAUAAAUUAACUCCUCGGAAAUUCGAACUGUUAUUUAGUCGAGUAGGAGACUUACAAAUUGAUACAGAAGAAAAGUUACAAAAAGUAGUCGAGAUGGUGGCCGAGAAAGCUAUGAACGAAUCAAAAUUUUCAGUUGCGUAUGCGUUAAUGUGUAAGAAGUUGGCUCUUACGCAGGUACCUGCUGCCAACAGUACUGAAGAUAAAAAAGAAUUUGUUCAAUUUCGUAAGUUGUUGGUGACAAGGUGUCAAUUAGAAUUUGAGAAACAGUCUUACGAUGAUUCAAUUAGGAAUGAUAAAGUUAUAGAAAUUGGCGAGUGUACUGACUUUGAAAAGAAGAAGAAGCUACAGUUUGAACUAGAAGAAUAUGACCGUCGGUUGCGAAUGAAAUCUGUCGGAAAUAUUCGGUUUAUAGGUGAACUAUUUAAGCAGCAGAUGCUGACAACCAACAUAAUGAUGAGGUGUUUAGAUAACUUGUUAGACAAUAAAGACGAGGAGAGUUUAGAAUGUUUGUGUAAGUUGUUGACAACAAUUGGUAAAGAACUAGAGAGAGGGGGAACGAAUAAGAAAGGGGUCGAUUUAAGUCCUAUUUUUAACUCGAUGAAAUAUAUUGUCGACAAAAAAUUCGGGAGAAUUAGUGGUAGAGUUAGAUUUAUGCUGCAAGAUGUGAUAGAUCUUAGAAAAAAUAAGUGGGUGCCCCGUCACCAAAAUUUAAAUCCCAAAACCAUAGAUCAAAUACUGAAAGAAGUAGAAACUCAACAGUUGAAUAUUCAAGCGAUGAAUUCAAUACCAAUGACUCCUAGAAGAGAUGAUCGAGGUAGCAGUGCUGUUGCUAAUUCAGAUAGGAAGAGAAGAAACGUUUCAGAUGAUGGUUGGCAGCCUACUGCUUCUAGGAAUAGGAUGCCUGUCCAAAGUGAUAAGUUAAAAAACAAGUUUCCACAAACCGACGAACCGUUGGAGAGCCGACUGAUAUUUGGUAACGGGAGCAAAGUUUUUACCAUUAAAACUGACCCAUCUUCAGCAACAAACGCUGCUAACACGCAUGUAGCUCUUGAACAUAUCGAUACCGAAAAACGGCCUUCAAGUUCGAGAACCAAUAAGGAUCCCUACAGUUCUAAGGGACCGAGCUUAGAACGUGGUAAUUAUAAGCAGCAGUCCUAUGAUGGAAGAGGUUCAAGAUCUGGAUCACUACAUAGAUCAACAGAAGGAGAAAGUUCACUUCCUGCAACGCAGAAGGUUGCACCCACGAUAAUUCCUGUACAGAAAGCAGAGGAGGAAGAGGAGAGGACUCCAGUUGCUUCAGAAUAUAAGAUGUCUGAGGAACAGUUGGAAAGACACGUUAAGAAUAAUUUGGACGAAUAUUUGAACGACAGCUGUACAGUCGAAGAAUAUAGUCAAGAUACCCAAGCAACUGUGCCCCCUGCCUACUUACCGAGAAUGGUAACUGAUGGAUAUCUGCAUGUGUUAGAGAGAUCACAAACCGCGCGACUUAGAACAGGAAUGCUAUUCGCCAAAUUAAUUAAAAUAGGCACGCUUCCCUUAGAAGUCUAUUGUAAAGCCUUAGAAGAUGUGCUGAAUCAUGUAGAUGAACUGACCAUUGAUAUUCCCAUGAUAUGGACUUAUCUGGCCGAGAUCUUAGCUAUAUGUUUGUUUGUAGUUCAUUUGAUCUGUGAAGAAGCUCUGUCUAUGCACAGGCUACAUCAAUCAUGUCCUGUAAUUAUCAAGCAGGGUCACGGUCCGAAAUUGUUAGGGACAUUAUUUAAGUUAGUUGUAAGUAAAAAGGGACCCAAUUUUCUCAUUAGCUGUUGGCAAACUUCUGGACUUCGCGUCGAGAGUUUUAUGGAUAUAAAACAGGUUAACUCAUUCUUAAGAGAAAAUAAAUUAGAUUUUCUAUGUGGGGGUGAUACAGCUGCAGGUCACAGCCAAUUAACGUAUGAUCAAAUUUCCUGCAAGCUAUUAGAAUUCUUUUCCAUGAAAACUUCGUCCGAUGAUAUUGUCAAUUGGAUAACAGUUAACGUAGGGGAGUUAGUUAAUGGAAAUAAGUUUGUUAGGACCUUAGUUACGACCAUUUUUGAAAACUCCAUUGGCCGUCAAAAAUUAGUUGCAGACAAUUUGAAAAACCACUACAAGUUACUUCAAAAAUACGUUGAUAAUAAUCCAGUUUAUGAGUUGCAAUGUCUGUUCGCGUUACAAGCUUUAAUUCACAAAAUGGAACAUCCGAAAGGUCUUCUUUUGACAAUUUGCAAUCAGUUGUAUGAAGACUCCGUCAUUUCUCAACAUAGCUUCAUUGCAUGGGAAGCCAGCGACGAUCCUGCGGAGCAGGAAGGCAAAGGUGUUACAUUGAAACAAUUGACGAGUUUCUUCAUACAACUGAAAGAAAAUGAAGAUGGAGGAAGAGGACCAGUUUCUUUGGAAUAUAAGAUGUCAGAGGAACAGUUAGAAAGACUCAUCAAGAAAAAUUUGGACGAAUUUUCGAAUUAUUGUUGUACAGUUGAAAAAUAUGUAUAAGUAACUAUCCCUUCACCCUGUUUACCAAGAAUGGUAACUUAUGAGUGAAUGUUUGAUGAUCAUAUUGAUUACCGUACACAACUCUGCAAAUUCAAAAAGUAAAAAUCUGAGAAUUUAUUGUAUAUGUACUAUAUUGAUGUUUAGAAAGGAAUUAUCUAGCACCACAAGAAGUUAAUGAUAAUAGAUAUAUGUAAAAUUGAUAUAAUAAACUUGUUUUAGAUUUAGUUUUUA